AUUCACUCUCAUUCUCUCUUCACAGUUCAGUCUUCUCUAAGACAAGCUUCUCUUUAAAAACAUCUCCGAGUCUUCUCUCGUUCAAAACCAAAACCACCGUCACAAUGCAGUUCUCUGUCGCCACCGUUCUUGCUCUGGCUACCGCCGUUGCAGCUCUUCCUCCUGCCUCUGGCACUGGUGCUGGACAGGAAGUUGGACACGCCAAGAACCAGUACAAUCUUCCGAAGGACUUGACCACCAAGCAGGCCGCCGAGAAGUGUGGAAGCAAUGCUGAGCUUAAGUGCUGCAACAAGCAAGUCAAGACUGGUGACUUCACCAAGGUCGAGGAGGGUCUCCUUAACGGUCUCCUUGACAGCCUCGCCGGUGGUGGCCAGGGCUCUGAGGGUCUUGCACUUUUGGAUCAGUGCACAAACAUCCCCGUCAAUGUUCUCGCUAUCCCCAUCAUCCAGCCUCAGGAGCAGUGCAAGCAGCCCAUUUCCUGCUGCCAGAACACCAAGUCCAGCGCCGAUGGCGACCUCAUUGGUGUUGGCCUUCCUUGCAUCGCUAUCAGCUCUCUUCUGUAAGCGAUGAUAUACGCGAAGUUGGUAGCUCGAGCGUGGCAUGGAUAUGGGAAUAUGAAGUAUUCCUAUACUUUCAUUCAGUGUCCUUCACUGGCCGCUUGUGUCCUGGAACCCUUGGAGCGAGAAGACUGUUCUGUUUCCUUUCUGAAUCUCUCUGUGCAGCCUGUUCCAGCAUUACAACUGGAAAUAGUUUAUGGCUAGCCGACUUAAUACAUAGAUUUUGCAUCAGCUUCU